CGAUCCAUCUGAACUACCUUACGGCGGAGCGCUGGUGUCGACGCGAUGGGUGGCGAGGAGCAGACGCAUACGGCGCAUCGCGCGAGCAAAGCGAAGAAGAAGCACGAUACGUCCCAGCCGAACCCGAAAGCUUUCGCCUUCGCCGCUCCAGGACGACUGCAAAAACAGGCGGCGAGAAGUCACGAUGUCAAGGAGAAGCGGCUGCAUGUCCCGCUCGUGGACAGGCUUCCAGAGGAGGCGCCUCCGCUGGUUGUUGGAGUCGUUGGCCCGCCCGGUGUCGGCAAGACGACAUUGAUCAAGAGCUUGGUCAGGCGGUACACAAAGCAGGCAGUCUCUCAGCCUACGGGGCCGAUCACAGUUGUCACCAGCAAGAGGCGGAGACUCACAUUCAUGGAGAGUCCAAGUGACAGUCUUGCAUCGGCGAUAGACAUGGCGAAAGUGGUGGAUAUCGUUCUGCUCAUGAUCGAUGGCAACUAUGGAUUCGAGAUGGAAACCAUGGAGUUCUUGUCUGUGUUGAGCAGUACUGGUAUGCCGGGUAAUGUGUUCGGCAUCCUCACACAUCUGGACUUGUUCCGGAAGCAGGACACACUGAAAGCGCAGAAAAAGCGACUGAAACACCGAUUCUGGUCGGAACUGUACCAGGGUGCAAAGCUCUUCUACCUGUCUGGUGUGAUCAAUGGACGAUAUCCUGAUCGAGAGGUUCUGAACCUGUCGCGCUUUCUGAGCGUGAUGAAGAAUCCUAGACCGCUGGUUUGGAGGAACUCGCAUCCCUACGCACUUGCCGAUCGAAUGCUGGACAUCACUCCUGAGACCAAGAAGGAAGAGGAUCCGAAGUGCGAUCGUACGAUAGCAUUGUAUGGCUACUUGCGAGGCACAAACUUCCCUGCGCACGAUGCUCGAGUGCACAUUCCUGGAGUCGGCGACAUCAAUGUUGAACGCGUGGAGUCACUACCUGACCCAUGUCCUACUCCGUACUUUGAGCAAGUGAAAGAGAAGGCGGAUGGGACCAAGAAGAGGAAAAGACUGGGCGAAAAGCAGAAGGUCAUCUAUGCGCCAAUGAGCGAUGUAGGCGGUGUGUUGGUAGACAAGGAUGCCGUGUACAUCGAUGUCAAGAGCAAUACAUUCGAUGCGAAUGAGAACGAGGAAGAGCGAGGGCUGGGCGAGCAGCUGGUUGUCGGCCUGCAGGGCGAGAAGAGAAGAAGUGAAGAUGACGGAAUCGCACUGUUCGAUGAUGGGCAGCGGAUAAAGAGCUUGGAUGAUGACGACGUCAAGGACACUGGCCGCAAGAGCGCACGAAAAGCCACUCUAUACGACAGGGUAGAUGAGGACGACGACCUUGAGGAUGAAGGAUUUGAGAGUGGCGAGACGGACGAUGAAGCAGACUUUGAGGCGCUGCAAGAAGCGCCUGAGAAGACUGGCCGCUCGAAAAAGGACAAGGACACCGAGGUGGAGGGCGAUAUUGCGUUUGCAGAUUCAGACAGCGAUCUCGGUUCGUUGUCAGAAGUGUCCGAUCAAGAUCUUGAAGAUGACCCAGACGUUGACGACUGUGAUAUGGACUCGGAGGACGAGGACGGCGAGGUCCAGUGGAAGGGCAACAUGGCAGAGCGUGCCAAGGCAAUGUCGGGCAAGAAGCAGCCUUACAGGAUCGCAUAUCUGGCCAAGAUGCUGUACGACGAUAUGCUGAGCACAGCAGAGCUCGUGAAGAAAUGGCGAAGUGAGGAUGACGAGGAGGAAGAUGCGGACGAUGAGCAGGAGGAUGGCUUCUUCAACAGGCGGAAGCCAAGUGCCGACGAUGAACAAGAAGACCGCAUGAUUCCGAAAUACGACUAUGAGGACCUCGAAGAGAAGUGGACAGAUGAAGACAACAUGGAAGCACUUCGCCAGCGUUUCACGGCUGUUGGCCUGGGCGGCAACAAUGGGAAAGAUGCAGGGGAAGAUGGCGACGAUGAUUUCGAAGGUCUCGAUGAUGGAAGCGAAGGCGACGGAGAAUUUGAGGACCUUGAAGCUGGUGAUGCUGAAGAAGCUGCGGAGGCGCCGGAAAGCAUUGAAGAUGAGCGAGCAAAGAACGCUCGCAAGAAGGAAGAGCUGAAAAUGCGCUUCGAAGAAGAGGAUCGCGAGGGGUUCCUCAACCCCAAGAACACGAAUCGAGAGGCGAACGGAGAUGCCGAAGGCGAUGAGUUCGGCGAAGAUGAGUGGUACGAUGCACAAAAGGCAAUGCUGAAGAAGCAGCAAGAUCUGAACCGCAAAGAGUUCGAAGACCUGGACGAAGCAACACGAGUGCGUGCAGAAGGCUAUCGAGCUGGCACAUACGCCCGCCUCAUCCUGGCAGACGUACCUGUCGAGUUCGUCGAGAACUUUGAUGCUCGCUUCCCUCUAUUGGUCGGAGGCCUACAGCCUACCGAAGAGCGCAUGGGCUUCGUGCAAGUCCGCAUCAAGCGCCACAGAUGGCAUAAGAAGAUUCUCAAGACGAACGAUCCUCUGAUUUUCUCCCUCGGAUGGCGCCGGUUUCAGACCACUCCGGUCUACAGCAUAUCAGACUCGCGAACACGCAAUCGCAUGCUCAAAUACACUCCUGAGCACAUGCACUGCUUCGGGACAUUCUAUGGACCACUGGCUGCACCGAACACUGGUUUCUGUUGUGUGCAAUCCUUCUCAAACAAGAAUCCCGGCUUCCGGAUAGCAGCCACUGGUGUCGUGCUCAAUGUCGACGAGAGCACUGAGAUUGUGAAGAAGCUGAAGCUGACUGGGCAUCCAUACAAGAUCUUCAAGAACACCGCCUUCGUCAAGGACAUGUUCUCUAGUGCACUCGAGAUUGCCAAGUUUGAAGGUGCAGGUAUCAAAACUGUAUCUGGCAUUCGAGGACAGAUCAAGAAGGCUCUUUCCAAACCCGAAGGAUGUUUCCGUGCCACGUUCGAGGACAAGGUGCUCAUGUCGGACAUCAUCUUUUUGCGAGCGUGGUACCCUGUGCGACCACAUCGCUUCUACAAUCCAGUGACGAACCUGCUCGAAGGUGGCGAUCCUGGCGAGUGGGAAGGCAUGCGUCUGACAGGUCAAGUCCGAGCUGCUCAGAGCUUACCCACUCCCCAACAAAAGAACAGUAAAUACGUUCCGAUCGAACGCCAGGAGCGACACUUCAACCCUCUGCGAGUUCCGAGAAAGCUCCAAGCAGACCUUCCAUACAAGUCUCAGAUUACGCAGAUGAAGCCGCAGAAGAAGCAGACGUACACGCAGAAACGCGCUGUUGUUCUUGGUGGCGAGGAGAAGGUUGCAAGGAGACUGAUGCAGCAAGUCAUGACUUUGAGGAACGAGAAAGUGGAGAAGCGACGUGCGAAGCAGGAAGAGAGAAAAGAGGGUUAUAGGAAGAAGGUUGCAGAGAGUGAAGAAAAGAGGAAAGAGAGGGAGAAGAGGGAGAGAGAUGACUUUUGGAAACGUGAGGGCAAGAAGAGGAAGAACUGGGAGACGAAUGGAGAGGGCGGAGGAGGUGGUGGUGGAGGGAAGUAUAAGAAGAGAAAGCAGGCGUAGAUC